AUGGGCCAGGGCCUGAACGGUGACCAGGAAGGGCUGUUUCUGUCCUACUUCAAUGGCCCCAGAGGCGGUAUGGGGCUGGGCGAUGAGGCCAAGCCCUCCAAUGCCGGCGGACGGAUGGACGACCUUGCCACGGGGGGGGGGCCCACCGGAGCCGCUCCCAUGGGAAUUUCGGACCCGCUGGCGCCGGGGCAAGCCGCCGCGCCGCCGAUGGGCGCCGCGCCCGACCUGAUGAGACUGCACCAGCAGCACGCCUCCACGGCCCGCGAUCCCGCCGUCUGGGGCCUGCCCAACGGCACGUCGUCGCUACUGCCGGCCUUCUGCGGCCACGGCGACCUUUCGGCGCUGCCCUCCGGCACGGACCCCGGGAUGGGAUCCGUGCAGCCGCUGCAGGACAGCGGGGAGGCGCUGCUGAGGCAGGCGCACGACGCCUACCGGACAGGCAACUACAACCAGGCGCUGCACCUCUGCCAGCCGGCCUACUCCGCCAACCCCGACAGGACGGACGUGCUGUUGCUCAUUGGGGCGAUCUACUACCAGAUGAAGAACUACGAGCAGUGUAUUGCCUUCAACGACAGGUGCAUCGUCUUGGACAGGAGCAUGGCGGAGGCGCACGCGAACCUGGCCAACGCCUUGCAGCAGAUGGGCAACUACGACAUGGCGAUUAUCUAUUAUCAGUCUGCCAUCCGCCUGAAGCCUGGCUUCACAGAUGCUUACAACAACAUGGCCAGUGCUCUUGUGCAGAAGGGCUGCAUACCACAGGCAAUGGAGUGCUACAUGACUGCCUUGCGAAUGGACCCACUGCUGGUGGACGUACACAACAACCUUGGGGACCUCUGGCGAGCCCAGGGCCAGGUGGGCCGCCAGGCUGCACAGAGGUGCUACUCUGAGGCGCUCAGAAUCAACAGGAUGUAUGCCCCAGCCUGGAGGGGCCUGGGGGACCUGUUCAGGGAAGCAGGCAACCACCAGCAGGCUGUUGUGUGCUACCAGGAAGCUGUGAACAUCAAAACGAACUAUGCUGAUGCUUACACGGGCAUGGGGGUGUCCUUCAAAGAACUCAAAAGAAAGGAGGAGGCAGCGGCGUGCUUUGAGGCUGUGGUCAAACUACGGCCCUCAUGUGCCCUGUCCUUGGGGAAUCUGGCUGGGAUUUAUUAUGACCAGGGUCAGCUUGGCAUGGCAAUUUCAACAUACCAGAAGGCCAUACAGCUGGAGCCGAACUUUCCAGAGGCUUACAACAAUUUGGGAAACGCGUUGAGGGAAGACAGCCAGACCGAGGAGGCCAUCCGAUGCUACAUGACUUGCAUCAACCUCCAAUACCAACGUCCCCACAACCCAGCGAUGUCCGCUGCUUUUCGUGCCAAUCCCCAAGCAGCACAGCAGCAGCAGGCUCAGCGCCUGGCAGUGGCCUACAACAACUUGGGAGGCAUCCUCAAGAUUCAAGGCCGGGCGCAUGAGGCAAUCUCAUGCUACGAGCACAUAGCAAUGUUGCAGCCAGAGUCACCCGAGGCGCAUGCCAACCUGGCAUCUGCGUACAAGGAUGCAGCCCGGCACGACGUGGCCAUCCAGUCCUACCAGAGGGCCCUGUCCAAGCGACCCGACUUCCCAGAAGCCUUUGCCAACCUUGUGCAUAGCCUGCAGUGCAUCUGCGAGUGGCAGGGCAGGGAUCAGCUAUUUGUGAGGCUGGAGCGCGAGGUGAAGAGAGACCUUGCAAACAAUAGGCUACCCCCUGUGCAGCCCUUCCAUGCCAUGGCCUACCCAUUCGAUGCGGAUCUGUGCAUCAAGAUCGGCCGCAAAUACGCAGAGCACUGUGCCCUCACAGCUGCGCGCCUGGGUUGCCCCAAGCUGCCACACCCUCCGCGUCGGCAGCUCCAGGCUGGGGAGAGGCUGAGGGUGGGCUAUGUCAGCAGUGACUUUGGGAACCACCCACUGUCGCACCUGAUGGGCUCGGUGUUCGGGCUGCAUGACCGGAACAAGAUAGAGGUGUUCUGCUACGCACUGACGCCCUCAGAUGGGUCAGAAUGGAGGAACAAGAUCGAGUCAGAGGCGGAGCAUUUCAUAGAUGUUUCUUCGUGCAGCGUUGUGGACAUCGCCAUGAAGAUCUCCAGCGACAGCAUUCAUAUCGCGAUCAACCUGAAUGGAUAUACCAAGGGCGCAAGGAAUGAGAUAUUUGCACUCUUGCCUGCCCCAGUGCAGGCGUCCUACAUGGGCUUCCCUGCCACCACUGGGGCGUCUUUCCUUCCUUACCUCAUAACGGACAAGGUGGUGGCACCUCCAGAGCACCGGCACUGCUAUUCUGAGGAGCUGGCGCUCAUGCCCAACUGCUACUUCGUCAACGACUUCAACCAGUCCUUCAGGGACACCCUGGACGAGUCCAAGAUGCCGAGGCGAUCGGACUUUGGGCUGCCUGAGGACAAGAUCAUAUACUCCUGCUCCAACCAGCUGUACAAAUACGACCCCGAGACGUUUGACACCUGGUGCAGGAUCCUCAAGAGGGUGCCGGAAUCUGUAUUGUGGCUGCUGCGAUUCCCACCUUAUGGGGAGUCCAAGAUACGGCAGCGCGCCCUUCAGGCUGGCCUCGACCAUACCAGGAUCUUUUUCACUGACGUCGCACAGAAGCAUCUGCACAUCCGGCGGUCGGGCCUGGCGGACGUGUUCCUGGACACUCCCCUGUGCAAUGCGCACACCACCGGCUGUGACGUGCUGUGGAGCGGCUGCCCAAUAGUGACCCUUCCCCUGGAGAGGAUGGCCUCCAGGGUUGCUGCCAGCCUGUGCAUGGCCACUGGCGUGGGAGAGGAGAUGGUGGUGAGCAGUCAGCAGGAGUACGAGGAGCGGGCUGUGGAACUUGGGGUCAACCAUGAGAAGCGGCUGGCCCUGAGGGAGGAGCUGAAGAGGCGCAGGAGUACGUGCCCCUUGUUUAACACACACCAGUGGGUGAGGGACAUGGAGAAGGUGUUUAUGAAGAUGUGGGAGCUGCACUGCAACGGACAAGGCCCCACAACCUUUGAGAUCGAAUGA